AUGGGUGCUCCUGCUAUAGCGAGCACAUCCAGUGUAAACACAGUAAAUGACGCCCCCUCUAAAUCAAGUCUUUCAGCAAGGGUAACAACUCCUUCACGUUCCCUCCUGGUCAAGGGUACUGUACUACUCGCAACUGCACGAAUCUUUGUACGUACUGAUGGAGCUCGUUGUAUAAACCUUCGAGGCAUGAUUGAUACGGGCGCUGAGGCUACAUUUAUCACUGAAAGGGCUGUUCAAGCGUUAAAAGCAAAGCGUAUUAAAGUAUAUUACACUGUCACUGGCAUGGGUGAUCUACAGGCUGGGGUCGUUACUCAUGCAGUUAAGCUCCAUUUAAGUGCGGGUAUACAGUCGAGUACUACAGUUACAGUGAUCGCGUUUAUCCUCCCUGUACUUACUUCUUAUGCUCCAAGAAGUCCUGUUGAUUUACUUGCGCAUCCUCAUUUGCAGAAUUUAAAAUUUGCGGAUUCUGUUCCAUUCAGUGAUGACCCUAUCGGUUUACUGAUAGGACUUGACUAUUAUAAGGCCGUAACAAUGGAUGGAUCCCGCCGAGGACCGAGCUCUGAUCUCAUGGCGAAACCUACUAUCUUUGGCUGGGUUGUCUUCGGCCCGUGCAACGACACUUCUGAAGGAAACCCUCAGUCGGUGUCCUCGUUACGCUGCUCUAUUUCUCCUGGAACGGAUGCGCUGAUGAGGCAGUUUUGGGAGAUAGAGGAAGUCUCGGUUUCUAAUCCCCUCAGUGAAGAGGAAGUCGAGUGCGAAAGGCACUUCGCAUCUACACAUUCUCGUUUGCCAAGCGGACGCUAUCAGGUUCGCUUACCUUUUCGGACCGAUUUCUUGAAUAAGGUCGGUCGCUCCUUUCACGUCGCUUCUGGUGCCUUUGAUAGGUUAGAGCGACGUCUAGCUCGCGAUAGUGCAUGGUCUGCCAGCUAUCGUGGCUUUCUUUCUGAGCAUGAGCAAAUGGGUCACAUGACCCGUGUAAACCCGAACGAGGUCAUUAAUAAUAAUUCGUUAUAUCUGCCUCACCAUCCAGUGGUGAAGGCGAGUAGCAGUACUUCCCCUGUACGAGUUGUAUUCAACGCCUCGAGUCCCAUGGACAACGGGUAUUCAUUAAAUGAUCUGUUGCUUACUGGACCUAAGUUGCAGUCAGAUCUUUGCUCUAUCAUUAUGCGCUGGCGAACUCAUCGCUUCGUUUUCGUCGCUGACGUCGCAAAGAUGUUUAGACAAAUUAUGAUUCAUCCGUUAGAUACUGAUUUUCAGAGGAUAUUGUGGCGUCCUAGUUCAGGCCAGCCGAUCCAUCAUUACCGUUUAAUCACCGUCACGUACGGUACCGCCUCGGCGCCUUAUUUAUCCAUGCGCGUCCUGCGACAAUUAUGCGAGGACGAGGGAUCUACAUUCCCGCUGGCUGUGUCUAUACUCAAUAAUUCCAUCUAUGUAGAUGACGUGUUGUUUGGGGCAGACAGUGUGUCCGCCAUACAAUCCACACGUCAGCAGUUGAAUGCCUUGUUAUUGAAAGGAGGUUUUCACCUUCGUAAAUGGACGUCAAACUAUGACGAAUUGUUGUCGGAGAUACCAGUGUCGGAUCGACUGGAGGACAAUAGUGUCGAAUUUGACGAGGACUCCUCAUUCAAGGUUUUAGGAAUUUCGUGGAGUCCUAUACUUGAUCGAUUCCAUUUCAGGAUACAAAUUCCGGAGUUUCCGGUGAUCUCGAAACGUAGCGUGCUAUCCGACAUUUCGCGAUUCUUUGAUCCACUGGGUUGGAUUGCCCCUGUGGUAAUCACCGCUAAAAUUUUCAUGCAGGAACUAUGGCUGCGUAAGGUUGAUUGGGAUAGCCCGCUCUCGAGUGAUCUAGAGGAACGAUGGACUGAGUAUUCUCACAGUCUGACAGAUCUCAAAGAGAUUUCAAUCCCAAGGUGGACGAAUCAAAGCAGCUCCGAUCUGGGUACCGAGUUGCAUGGAUUUGCGGAUGCUUCAACACGGGCCUAUGCGGCCGUUGUAUACAUUCGCAUUAUUCACACUCGAAGCAGCUUUGGAAUAACACUCUUAGCCUGUAAAUCUAAGGUCGCUCCUACUAAACAAUUAGCGUUCCCAGAUUCCAUGAUCACACUUGAUUGGAUUAAGCAGCACCCCAAUACCUGGAAGACUUUUAUAUCCAAUAGGGUAUCAGAAAUCCAGACAAGCUUGCCGCAAGCUCAGUGGCUAUUUGUCGGGUCUAAAGAAAAUCCCGCAGACUGUGCGUCGCGCGGCAUCAGCGUUCAGGAGUUGAAGUCGCACUUGUUGUGGUGGAGUGGGCCUCAAUGGCUGCAGUCACCCUCGACUGUGUGGUCGGAACAGCCCUCCUCCCUUCGAUCGGACGGAAACAUGGAACGACGUAGCGUUCCAGUUUAUUUAGCUCAGCGGGGCGCGGCAGGGUGGGAUCUUUCCGAGCAAGUUUCCAGUUGGCCUAAGUUGUUGCGGAUCACGGCCUAUUGCCUAUUGUUCGUUCAUAAGGUUCGACAGCGCCUUAGAAGGGCGGAUAGUGAUCAAUUAGGUACGUUAUAUGUGUUGAGUGACGCUAUCAGACAGGCUCGUAGUUUUUGGAUUGCGUACGUACAAAAGAUUAACUUUUCGAAUGAGAUCCAGGCAAUAAAACGUGGUGAGGGCCCGUCUAAAUCUAGUCCCUUGAAAAAUCUAAACCCGUUUUUAGACACGAAGGAUAACCUUUGUGUCGGGGGACGUCUCUGCCGGGCGUCCCUCUCUUACGAUGAGAGACAUCCCAUCAUACUACCGAGGCAUCGCAUAUCGGAGCUGAUUGUUGCGCAGGCACACGAUCGAACGCUUCACGGUGGGACACAGUUGACGUUAGGAGUUUUACGCCAACAGUACUGGAUUCUAAAUGCUAGAAACCUUGUAAAACAUCACAUUCACAGGUGUGUUGUUUGUGUCCGCCACAGAGCUAUUCCGAUAUUGCAGCAAAUGGGUGAUCUGCCGGACGUUCGAAUAAACCCUUCUCGUCCGUUUCAACAUACCGGCGUAGACUAUGCCGGUCCUUUUCAUGUCCUUCCGAUAGUAGGACGUGGCCAGCGGACACACAAGGCUUAUGUGGUUGUGUUCGUUUGUUUGGCCACUAGGGCCAUACACUUGGAACUGGCCAAUGAUUAUACCAGCGAUGGGUUUUUGGCCGCAUUUAGAAGAUUCACCUCUCGUAGGGGUCUUCCGGUCUCAUUAUUCAGUGAUAAUGGGACCAAUUUUCAGGGUGCCGAAAAGGAAUUGCGCAAUGCGUUCAGAGCUCUGUCGCGUGAUCCUGAUCUCGUCGCGUAUUUAGCCUCCGACGGCAUCACUUGGAGAUUUAUACCGCCCUCCGCCCCACAUUUUGGAGGAAUGUGGGAAGCGGGCGUAAAGUCCGUUAAGCACCAUUUACGGCGUGUAAUUGGUGCUCACACGCUUUCAAAUGAGGAGUUCACUACAUUACUAACUCAAGUGGAGUCAUGUCUAAAUUCUAGACCUAUAGCUCCCUUGUCCGAUGAUCACUCCGAUCUCUCACCUUUGACUCCUGCCCAUUUCUUAAUAGGUACCUCGCUGAUUGCGACGCCUGAGGAGUCCGUAUUGGAUUUGAGGGAAACGCGACUCAAUCGUUGGCAGCGUGUACAGCGGAUGCACGAGCAGUUUUGGCGGAUAUGGUCGCGAGAUUAUCUCCACACGUUACAGCAGCGCUAUAAGUGGCGUCAGAAAGCGACUAGUUUGAAAGUCGAUGAUCUAGUAUUAGUUCAAAACCCGUUGCUACCGCCGACGAAAUGGGAGCUUGGGAGAGUAGUAAAAAUCUAUCCUGACCCUCAUGGUCUCGUUAGGGUAGUGGAUGUAAGGACGCUUUCGAAUACAAGUAGGCGUGCCGUUAACCGGCUAUACAAGCUUCCUAUCGAAAUUAAUGCGGGGUUGCCGCAGUAG